UUCUGGACUCUCUUGAGUACGUGUCAGUGUUCCACUCAUGAAAGAAAAAACAUUUAUUUAAAAUUUAAAACCCUAAAAAAUGAUCUAUCUGCUGUUCUUGUUACCUUCUUUUCUUCUAGCUUCAACCUUCAACUAUCAAGACUAUAUCAACUGCAUGCUGCCCUAGUUCCAUUUUAGCUCAUUUUACCUAUCAAAUCCAAUGAAAGUGGAAAAAUCAUCUUGCUAAAGAAGGCAUGAACUCAUUUUUUAUUUUUAUUGUUCCUCUGUUAUUCACCCAGCUCCAAGCCCAAAGUUUCAUCUUUGGUUAGAUAAACAAGCACACACUCCUUACUUCCUAGUAAUUUUAUAACACUAUUGUACUUCAUUGGGUUUGUGUGAUUUGGUCUUAUGACUGUAAUUCUGGCUUUCUAACUUCUAUUUUUUUUUGUUCCCGAGAAAAAAGAAAAGAAAACAAAGGUGGGAUGGCACAAAAAAGGAUAGAUUUUUUACAGAAAGGGAAAUGUGGGUAUGUGAAGAGGUUGCUUUAUAGAGCCAGCAAAGCUUCUCCCUUUUCUUUCACUAAUUGAAAAGAUCAAGUUACAAAAAUUGGCGGUUGAUUGAAAUUUUUUAAUUCCAGUGUUGAGUUCUGGAAUUUUCAUGCGAACGGGGUUGGCGGGUUUGAUAUAUUCUAGGAGAACCAUUGAUAUCAAGGAAGCUAUGUUUAAGUUGGAUUGCACCGGAUAUAACCAUAAGCACUUCGAUUUUUGGGGUUUGAUAUGCUCUUGAGACAGAAGAAACCAGUAACUUGAAGGUCUGAGGUCCAGACUCCGGUGGUUAAGAUUUUGGAGUGGAAGAUAAUGGCUUCUGGAGAAGAGAGGCGUCGGCGUGAUAAUCUUGUGCCUCUUGCUGCUUUGAUCAGCAGAGAAAUGAGGAUCGAGAAGAUGGAGAAGCCAAUUGUCAAAUAUGGUCAUGCAGCCCAGUCUAGGAAAGGGGAGGAUUAUUUCCUGAUUAAGAUGGAUUGUCAGCGGUUACCAGGGAAUUCGUCAUCAACAUUUUCUGUGUUUGCGGCUCUGCUUCAAUCCUUGGCGAAUGCAGUUUCUUUUGCACUGUCGUGGAUCUUCGAUGGGCACAAUGGAAAUGCUGCAGCAAUAUAUACAAGGGAGAAUUUGUUGAAUCAUAUUUUGGGUGCUAUUCCUCGUGAUCUUGGACGGGAGGAGUGGCUUCAGGCUUUACCCCGUGCUUUAGUUGCUGGAUUUGUGAAGACUGAUAAGGAGUUCCAGAGCAGAGGAGAAACAUCGGGUACCACAGCAACGUUUGUAAUAGUUGAUAGAUGGACUGUUACUGUUGCUUCUGUUGGGGACUCGCGUUGUAUUUUAGAUGCUCAGGGUGGUGCUGUUUUCUCCUUAACUGUUGAUCACAGACUUCAAGAGAACGUGGAGGAGAGGAAAAGGGUGACUGCAAGUGGUGGGGUAGUUGGAAGGCUUAGCACUGUUGGUGGUGUUGAGAUCGGUCCACUUCGCUGUUGGCCUGGAGGUUUAUGCCUUUCUAGGUCAAUUGGAGACAUGGAUGUUGGAGAGUUUAUAGUUCCUGUUCCAUUUGUCAAACAAGUGAAACUAUCAAAUGCAGGUGGGAGGCUUAUAAUUGCUUCUGAUGGCAUAUGGGAUGCUCUAUCCUCAGAAAUGGCAGCAAAAUCUUGUCAUGGUUUACCAGCUGAACUUGCUGCCAGACAAGUAGUAAAGGAAGCAUUAAGGACAAGGGGACUAAAGGAUGAUACAACCUGCGUGGUUGUUGACAUAAUUCCUCCUGACAAUUCAAUUCCACCUUCAACUCCUCCCAAGAAACAGAACAAGCUAAGAGCCUUGUUGUUUAGGAAGAAAUCCCAUUUUUCUGCCAGUAAGCUAUCGAAGAAGCUUUCUGCCAUAGGUAUAGUUGAAGAACUGUUUGAAGAAGGGUCAGCUAUGCUUGCUGAAAGAUUAGGGAAUGGUGAUUCCACGUCGCAAUCAACAUCUGGUCUUUUUACAUGUGUUGUCUGUCAAAUUGACCUUGCUCCAAGUGAGGGCAUCUCGGUUCAUGCUGGGUCUAUCUUCUCCACCAGCUCAAAGCCUUGGCAAGGGCCUUUCCUCUGUGCUGACUGCCGUAAUAAGAAGGAUGCCAUGGAAGGAAAACGUCCAAGUGGAGUCAGAGUGGCAUAACUCUUUACUGUCUCACUCAUUCUUUCUUUCUUCCUUUUUUUUUUUUUUUGGUAAACGACAUUUACCUAGGGCAGGCAGUUGUUUGAAUCUUAGUACGGUGGCGCGGCAAAUGUAAAUGUAAUAUGUGCCUAUAAUGUAAAAUUAGCCUUAGCAUUUAAAGGAGGAGUUGGUUUAAGGAGCA